UGAUCCUUCAUAAUCAAUCACAUAGCCUUGACUGAUCGUAACAUCAGAAAGAGAAAAGAUGUCUCUAGUGACCGCAGAGAUCAAAGCCAAAUCAGAGGUGUACCAUGGAGAUGAACUCUGCAGAGAAAAGUCCAAGUUACUGUUGAAGGAAGUAGGGCUACCCAAUGGUCUUCUGCCCUUGAAGGACAUUGAGGAAGUAGGGUACGAGAAGGAAAGUGGGUUUGUGUGGCUGAAGCAGAAGAAGUCCAUAAACCACAAGUUUGAGAAGAUUGGGAAGCUAGUGUCCUAUGCUCCUGAGAUCACAGCCUAUGUUGAGCUUGGCAAGAUAAAGAAGCUGACUGGUGUGAAGACCAAGGAGCUCUUGGUUUGGAUCACACUGAAUGAGAUCUUUGUUGAUGAUCCACCCACUGGGAAGAUCACAUUCAAGACCCCUUCAGGGCUUUUCAGGACAUUCCCAGUCUCAGCUUUUGAGGUUGAAGAGCCAGUUAAGGAAGUGAAGAAGGAUAAGGAGGAACAAGUUAAGGAAGUGAAGAAGGAAGAAGAACACAACAAGGAAGUCAACCAAGUUGCUACUGCUGUUAAAGUCCAAGAGGUUUGAUUCUCACACUAGUUGCUGCGGCUUAUGACUGUUCUUCACUAUUGUCAUUCAUAUGAUAAUAAGUUUAUUUAAUAGGCUUCUCUUAAGUUUGAACUAAGUUGUCAUGUUAUCCAUUUUAUUUCUUGCUCUAGAACUUACUAUGUAUCAGCUCCCCGCACUUUGAAAGAAAAAAUGAAAUGCUAAAGUUAUAAAGUUUAUAUUGAAAUUUGUUC